AUGUCUGGCCGUCGUCGAACCGUCUCCUGCACCCGUUGUAACGGACUCAGAGGCGUAGCCAGGGGUGCUAAGGGGUGUUUGGAUGGGCAUAAUGUUUUUCACGACUCGAGCGUUAUAACCAAGCAUUUCCGGUUAUUUCUUCCACUGCCGUAUAAGAACGUUUUUUUUUUUAUAUAUAUAUACUCUGAUCCGUAUAAUGGACACGUAUUUAAGGAAGAAUUAUGCGAUAUUACGUCUGGAAAUACACUCGACGGGUUAACCGUAGCUAAUAAUAUAAAUAAUAGUAAAAAGAAAAAAGAAGAUUUUAAUGGAAAUUAUAUAAUUACCGCAUUUGUUAACAAUCACUCUCCUAGGAGGUCGCAACUUUUAAAGCGAUGUGUAUAUUCUCUACAAUCUAUAGUAUAAAUGUAUAAUAAUAUCAAAAUAAUUACAAAUUUAGUAUACACUAAAACAAAUUAUGAUAAAUCCGGUUCAUAAUAAUUGGGUUUUUUUUAAUCGAUUUUCGUUGAAAAUAUUUACAAUGCAACAUACGUAUAUUGAUGAAAAAUUUUUUUUUUUAAAUUUUGUAAUUAUUAUUAUUUUUAUUUUUUUUUUUUCAAAGGGGAUCUCAAUCAAAAACGUAUUUAGUCGUUUAAUUGGUAACGGCAGUACUUGUAUACAUAAUCGAGUGUAUUGGAAUUUGUUGUUUUACUAUACCGAUAAGCGAUACAAGAACAAUAAUAAUUCGGAAAAAACUUCGACGGAGAAAAAUUUCAAUUUCAUAACGAAUUAACGAUUUCACUAAUUCAAUAAACUAUAUACUGUUAUAACGUUGUACUGUGCGCACAAUUUUGAUCAAUUCCAAGGAGUAUUAAAAGUAUUAUUAUCACUCAUUUGAGGGAAUUCUAUAUAACUGAAUAAUAAACCGGGUAUACGCAAUGGUUUGUCCCAAUUAGGACAAAUGAGGAGUUAAGAGAAUUAUUUGGAGAAGCCGAUAUUAUAGGAAUUAUGAAGAGUAGCAGAAUAAGAUGGGCUGGUCAUGUUUGGAGAUCUGAAGGAGUACUGGGGAGCAUAACAAAAUGGAAACCAAACACAAAACGGCCUCGAGGAAGACCCAGACAACGGUGGGCUGAUAGAGUCAAGGAUGACCUCAGUAUGAUUGAUGUGGAAAAUGCGGAGGAAAUGUCAAGAGAUAGGGAAAAGUGGAAGGAUGUUGUUGUUGCGCCAAUGGACUUUAAUGGUCUUUAA